UUUCGAGGCAACCCUGACUAAAGUUGACAAAUGCAACCUCCCUCCUUGCCAUAUCCCAGUACCCAUGGAGAUCAGUUUCCGGGACAGUCACAUGGCAUGUUUUUGUCCAAAACUUAAUCAUGUUUCCAAAUGAGUGAUGGCGUUAAACUCCGCAGGUGGACAAGACCAGCAAAACAAAUAGUCCGGGGUAGAGCAGUAAGGGAUGUAUAUAACUCACUGUCACAACGAUCACGUUUCCCGGAGUAGUUCGGCGUACAUCUCCCCUUACCCAGCGCAACGUCUUCGGUUAUUGUAAACUGUAUUUGACACAUUCGGAUAUCCUCAAAACAUACUCCAAGAUCUAGUGAUCAAGAUGCACCACAUCACCAUGCGUCUGGCUAUUGCUUGCGUUGUGGUGAGCGCGACCGCCGCGGCUGCUGCUCCAUUCAACUUCACAGUAAACUACAAGAUCAACAACGUGGACUUCCUUGCUCGUGCCUGGUAUGGUGACGCACACCUCUAUGUCGGCCCAACCGUCCCAGCCAGCAUACACACGGCCUUCAACUUCACAAUCUCCAGCCCCAGCAGGAGCCCCCUGUACAUCGAGCCUGCCACUCCGGGGGCAAAGGUGCCGGACCAGACCUUCCUGGCCGUCAACAACGCCCCGGGGGCUUCGGAUCCCCUGUUCUUCUCAAGCAGCGCUGCCGGUCUGCCGGAGGGUGGCCUCUCCCUCUGGGCCCGGUACGCGAACCUGUUGUUCCCCAUCCUCGACGACGGCAGCAUCCAGUCGUACUUCUACCUCGGCGAGACCGAGGUCGAGGGGACGUACAUCGUCAAGUGGAAGCAGGGCGGCGUGCGGCAGCAGUCUCUAGCUACAACGACGGGACUGGGAGGACUGGGCGUGCAGCUGACUGUUCUAGACCCUACCUUGUAGAUAGGAGGGAGGGCAUCGACGGCGAUAGCAAUGUAAGCUCUGUUGCUUCAAGUUUCAUGGUAGCGGGUGGUUACAACGAUGAUUGGAAGUAGGUACGUCACUUU